AUGACAAGUCCCAUGACUGACAAAUGCUUCUGGGGAGGAAACCAGGUGUAUGCGGAGGGCAACACACAGCCUCCCACCCGUGAAUGGAGAACAUGCCGGCCAUUUAACACCACUGUUGUUUGUGGUGUCAGCCUGCUGUGCCCCCGCAGGACACACACACACACAACCUGGUUACCCUCUGUCCCCGUGGCCCCUUGGCACAAUCCCGGCUCUGUGAUGCUGCUGCUGCUGAAGCCACCUUCUCUGAGGCUGCUGACAUCAGAGGAGGCGGAGCGGGCGGCCACAGGGCCAGCGGCACCAGGCCUGUCUCGGGGGCUCAACCCGCCGUGUGCAGGGAGUUCGUCCUGA